AUGAGCAGCAGCGGCGAAGCUUUGGACCUGAGCAAGCCGAUGGGCGGCGGACGACCUCUGCCACCGCCGGGAGAACCGCUGCCGAUGCCGGGAGAGCUGUCGAGAGGGGGAGGAGUGAAAGGAGUGACUGGCAGACGGAGCAGCGUUGUGGCACGGAAACCGGUGCCGCAGCCACAGCCGAGGAGGACGGCAUCGAGUGAACAGAUGCGAGCACAGCAGGAAGAACGGCUGCAGCUGGAACGACAGCGACAGUGGGAAGCACAGGUGGCGCUGACGGGAAUGCGGCAGGAGGGCGACGUGAUGGUGUUGCAGGCGCCGGUGGAUUCAGACGAGGAAGAGGAGGUGGAAGAGGAGGUGGAUGAGAUGGAGGAGAGCCGAGUGGAGAAUUCGGAUGAGAGUCGAGUGGAUCUUGUGGAUGAACCAGCGAUCCCAGAAGACGGCGAGGAAGACGACGGGCUGGCGGCCUGGGACGUGGACUAUGAGACGGGGGGAGAGACGGGAGAGACAGGAGAGACAGGAGGAGAGAUGGGAGGAGAGAUGGAAGGAGAGACAGAGACGGAGAGAGAGACGAAGAGUGGAGAGAUGUCGGGGGAACAGACUGCAAGGACAGAGGGAACCGAAACGGCAAGAGACGAGCGCACGUGA